GUAGAUUUAUUGCUGCUACAGGGAUGGUUUCUUCUGUGAUUUCCAAGGCUUACUUGAAACCUAACCCUGUGCGUAAAGAGCUUCCUGUGGUUGAACGUUCUAAGGAGCUCUGUGGCAACGGGAAAAAAGCUGCCGAUAGAGAGAAAGCUGAACAGUUUCUUAAUUCAAUCCUUGGUGAUGAUUGUAAACUUAACAUGGCUGUUGUUAGAGAUUUUUUGUGCCAAUGCGGCUAUGAUGUGGACAUGGCUUUGAAUGUCUUACUUGACAUGUCUUCUUCAUCGACUGAUGAUUCUUUGAGUGGUAAAUCUUUCGGCAUUGGAGUCAGCGAUAGUCUGCCAGAGACAUCUUUUGAUACUGAUACUUCUGAAAGUGAAAUUUUCUGGGGAGACUAUAGUCGAAGGGAUUACGCAAAAGUUCUCACGAGUUCGGAAGAUCCUUUUUCAACUAGCCAAGGAAGUGAUGAGCUUGGUCUUCCACAAAAAGUGUUGGAGUCUCUGUUCAACAUCCGCCAGAGUCCUAAACACGAACCAAAGACAAUGAGUUGGAGGAAUGUGGCAAAUAAAAUGCAGUCUCUUGGUAUCGAUGCUUCUUCAUCUAGUGGGGAAGAGACCCGGCCUAGUACGUUCGUGAAGGAUGACCGAUAUCAUGAACUUAGAAAAGGUGCAAGUGACCAGUGGAAUGUUACAAAGUCCUACUAUCAGAAAGCUACCGAAGCAUAUUCGAAAGGAGGGAGGGCUCAUGCGGCUUAUCUUGCUGAUAAGGGGAGAGUGGCAUCUAAAUUAGCUCAACGGGCUGAUGAGAGGGCAAGCCAAGAUAUAUUUGUUGCGAGAAACAAAGGUAUAGAGAAUGUGGGAACCAUUGAUCUGCAUGGUCAGCAUGUUAAACAAGCCAUGAAACUACUGAAGCUACAUCUCUUAUUUGGAUCAUAUGUCCCUUCCAUUCAGACACUGCGAGUGAUCACAGGAUGUGGGUCUUCUGGGUUUGGGAAGUCUAAGGUGAAACAAUCGGUGGUAAAGCUGCUAGAAAGAGAAGGAGUUAGGUAUUGUGAAGAGAACAGAGGGGCAUUGCUGAUUAAGCUUGACGGAUGUAGUAGGGAGUUUAGUUUCUUAGACACAGAGAGCGACUAUGAAUAAGCGAAGACGAAAUCUGAAGUCAGGCUUUGAGGCUUAGAGAUCUAUAUAAUUAUGUCUAUUUGUCUAUAUAUGUUAUGUGUUAACUGAUUCUAGCUCUGUUUGUUUAAGAAGUAAAUGUUAAGCAAAAAUUAGCUU